AUGGGCUUAAACUCAACCAGUAUGGUUGUAGAUAAACAAGAACUGGACCAAGUUAAGAAGUUGCUCUUUGACGGCUUACAAAUCACUUACGAAACUUACGCAAACUGUGGGAUUCAUUCAGAAAAAUGUGGAAAAUGUUUUGAUGCAUUGAUAAAUUCGUUUUCGGCAUUCAGAAAUCUCUGCAAUCAAUUUGAAGAUGAUCUAGAGAUGGAGCGCAAUGUCAUUUCAUUUGAAUCACGUCAAUGGUUUGAGUUCAUUCUGUAUUCGCAGAAGUACUUCAAUGAAGCAACGAUUGAGGUUUCACGGAUGAUUCAUGCAAGCGAGAAACAAGACUUGAUUCAGAUCUUAAUACAUUGGUCAUCUUCGCGGUAUGAUCUUGGAGUCUUAGCACAAGGUGUCAACUCGAAGUUGGGAGAAAGAAUCUCCUUGGUUGCUGCGCACUGUUGCGAAUUCAGCCAUGCAUUGAUGGAGAGUUCGAUCAAGCACGAUGCCGCGACAUUCUCUAUCGCAAAGAUCAUAAGUGAGCCAUAUGAAGCCAAAGGCUAUCUUUUUCUCAAAACAUUCAAGGAAUCAUUGGCAUCCGGUAAGUUGGAUCCAAACUCAUCAUUUGCAACUCUCAUCCAAGCAAGGUCUGCCUUCGAUAAAUAUCAUCAAUCUCUCAAGAUACAGAAACAUGUUGGAGAGGAGAAGAGAUUCACAGAUAAAACAGAAUGUAGCCCAGAAGACGAGCAGACAGAAGAUCUGCAAGCUGCUCUCUGCAAGCUUGAGGAGCUCAUCUUGACGCAAAAGUCCCUGGAAGCCAGACUCACCUCGGUGCAGAGAGAAAUACAUGUUCAGACACGGGCAUUGCAACAUGAACAGAGGUGUGAAGAAAUUCUCAAUCAUGUUUCAAGUCAUCGCCUCGAUCUUUGCUUUGAAGAAAACAUCCACAGCCAGGACAUGGAGUUGAAUGUGCGAAGCAAUGCGAAUCUUGCUACGCAAAUAGCGAAAUUCGUAUCUGAUUCGAGCGCAUCAGUGCAUGGCGAGUUGUAUAAGAUCAUCAUAAAGUCCCUGAGGAAGGAGUUUGAAUCUGUGACCAGUCUGGUUUCAGACGAGCUUGCUUUGAUGCAAUCAAUCAAUGUCAACGCUGAUUGCUUUAAACUCGAUUCGAAAGUGAAAGAAAGCUUCUCUUCAUUCUGUAUGGAAGACUGGGUGACAUCUGCAAGACAGCAAAACGAAUUGUUUGAAAUUUGUCAAUAUCUUUCGAUUCUUCUUCAAGAUUGCAAGGACCUUAGACCCAAUUCUGAUGAGCUUGCAAAACUUGUUGAAACGUACCUCCAUGACUUGAAUGCACAGAGAAAUCGCAUCAACCAACAGUUCUCGUUAGUUCCGAGCUACAGAAAUUCACCAAAGGUUGUCAAAGGCAUGCAAAAGAAAUGUUGGAUUGUAGGUUUACUACAAGACCAGGAGAACAGCGCUACUUUUCACGAUUGUAUUUCUUAUAUUCUAGAUGUUGACAAGGCAAUGCAGAAAGCUGUCCAUAUAAAGCACAACGGCGAUGUUUUGAAGGAUUUAUUCUAUACGCCUACAUCGAUGCUGGAUUCUCAGGCUCCUUCAAACUCACUGUUGACAUUGCAUGGCCUGGGCCUUUCUGACCCCGAGAUCAUGCAAAUCAAUGCGUCUUGCGUGUUUGAGGUGGAAACGGAUCCCUCAGCAAUGGCUGAGAGCAGUUCAAGAGACAAAGAGAACGAUUCUGAUCCACUUACAAUUCCUUUUAGACAAAUGCUGACCCAGGUAGAAGAAUUCCGACCAGAUUUGAUAUUGGCUGUAUACGACUUACAAUCCAUCGAGUCAUUUGAUGCAAUGGAGAUGAGACAAGAAUAUUCUCGCGAAGAUUAUCGUCGCUUCUACUUGCAUUGUUGCAAACUUCAAGAAACAGCAAGGAGGCUUUGUAAUGAUAAGAUUAUCUACAUUUCCAGCCCCGUGGCGGCUUCAGAAACGUACGAGCUUGCAAACAGUCUGAAAAUGGUUCGGACUCUCCGAUGCAUCAUGGGCGCGUGUUUAGGAUGCGAAGGAGCAGACGAGGAUUUGCUCCCAUGGCCGGUGAUGAGUGACGAAGUAGCUGCGAUGGACGUUGAUCAGUCUCUUGACUCCUCUGACGAAGUGGAGGAGAGUGAAACGAGCGGCUUGCGGGGGCAGCACGACAUGGAGGCGUCAGCGAAUAUUUCCAACGAGCCGUCUAUCAGUGUCGCAUCUUCAGAAUCUGAUGAGGUGGACGAGGAGUUGCAGGCAGACGAAGAGGAUACAGAACCGCACGAGGGAUCCUCGGCGGACAACGAGUACAUUCCUUCCUCCUCCAAGAAAUCUGAAAGACCAGCGACGAAGAAGAAGGCUGACUCUAGAGCUCCUUCGCGUUUCUGGCGACCCCCUCCCACUGACAACGAGCCUGUCUUCCAAGCUGCUGGAAUGCUGCUGGACCUUGCGGACCGCAUCCCGUACAACUCAGUGAAGGAGCCGAAGGCUAGCGUGUGGGAGAACUUUCGGGUGACCACGGAAGCAUGCAACUCAGCGAGAGCGGUAGCAGAGAAGCUGCUGUGGUUCUCGGAGCAGCUUGUUCCAAGGAUCAUCAAGAAGGGAUGGACGGAGGGAGGAGAAGAGGCAUGUCAGAAGGAGAAGUGGGAGGAAUUUUGUAGGAACUGCUCGCAAAGGGAGGAGAUUGUGAAUGCGCUGCGACAGUUUGAGAGGCUGGCGAUCGACUGGGACGAGGUGUCUGCAGCCUUCAGGGAAGAGUGGCAGUCGCAGAGGAGCAAGAAGAGCUCAUCCAAGGGGAAGCGCAAGGCGCUGUCGCAGAGGGAGGAGGUAGCGCUAGCAGCAACAACACAGCUUGGUAACUAUGUGACCGAUGAAGCAUCCGAGGUCGACACCGUCAAGGUGGAGAAGAGGGUGGCUCCCUUGAUCUUUGGGGUCGACGGAGAAGUUCUCGGCCUGGCUGAGCAUGAGGGAAAGAGCUGA